AUGAGAAGAUUCCUGCAGGCCCUCCUGCUCCUCUGCUCCCUGGGGGAGGGACACCCCGGCCCGGCCUGCAGCCUCCAAAGCUGGGACAUGGACUCAUUCUCCCAACCCGGGGAUGUUCUUAUUGGGGGGGUGUUUGUCAUCCACUCUGGCUUUGUAUUCCCACGGCCCACUUUCCAGGAGAUGCCCCAGCCGGCUUCAUGCAAGGACUUCCAGACUCGAUAUUACCGGGAUGUUCUGGGCCUGAUAUUUGCUAUUGAUGAAGUUAAUCGUUCUCCUGAUCUCCUACCCAACAUCACCUUGGGCUUCAGGCUGUUUGACUCUUGUAUGUCUGAGCUCCGGGCAAUAGGUGGCGCUCUAACUGCCAUGUCGGGCAAGAGAAAUCCGGCUCCUGGAUAUGACUGCCAUGAACACUCUCAUGUUGUUGGGAUUGUGGGAGAUCUGGUCUCUGCCCUCUCUCUGCCCAUCGCCAGGAUCAGCCACGGAUCCACCCUAUCGGCACUGAGCAACAAGAUCAACUUCCCCUCUUUCCUUCGUACUGUGCCCAGUAAUAUGUUCCAGAACACGGCUCUCACCCGCCUCGUUGGCCUCUUUGGCUGGACUUAUGUAGGGAUGCUGGUGGUGGACAAUGAUGCAGGGGAACAAGGGGGGCAGGUUAUUCAAGCUGGCAUAGAGAAGGCUGGCAGCUGCGUGGCAUUUCUGGAGAAGAUCCACUUGAGCUACUCCAUGGCCCAGAUACAAAGGGUGGUGGACAUUAUUAGGAAGAGCUCGGUCAAUGUGAUUGUUCUUCACAGCCCUGAGGUCCAUGUGAAGGUUCUACUGGAUUCUCUGUAUGAUGAGGAGGUGACACACAAAGUCUUCAUUUCUUCAGCUUCUUUUGGACUUACACCUGGUGUCUUCUCCAGAAAGUCAUGGAAAGUCCUAAAUGGGACAAUUGGACUGAUUCCUAGCACAGGCGCCAUGCCAGGCUUUGAGGAAUUCCUGGGUUCCCUUCACCCAUCCAGAUACAAUAAAUACCCCUUGAUACGGGCGCUGUGGGAGAAAGCUUUCAGCUGCCGGUGGCCGGGUGGGGAGAUCCAAGGGAACAAGACGGACCCAGCAGUGUUCCUGCCACUUUGCACGGGGGAGGAAGACCUCGGAGGGUUGGUCCCUUCGUUAUUCGAGAUGAAGGACCUCAGUUACACGUAUCAUGCCUACCUGGCGGUAUUUGCCUAUGCCCAGGCUCUGCACUCACUGCUCCUGUGCCAGGCUCCCACGGAGAAGUCUCACUAUGGCACGUGUGGCGAUGCCAGGGACACACAACCAUGGCAGGUCCUCAACUACGUGAAGAGAACCCCUUUCCGCCCCAACACAGGGGAGCCAAUAGCAUUUAAUGCUGACGGAGAUAUCCCAGCGGCCUAUGAAAUUGUCAAUGUGCAGAUUCUCAAUGGCAGUUUUAAUCUGGUAAAAGUGGGGAGGUUUGACCCCGAAGCCGGCGACUCCAUCCUCCUUGAUAUCAGCUCCAUACGGUGGAACGAGAGAUUUAGCCAGGUGCCCCCAUCCAUGUGCAGCACCAACUGCCGCCCAGGUUCCUGGAAAGCCCCCCGGAGAGGGCAGCCCAUCUGUUGCUAUGACUGCAUCCCGUGCCCCCUGGGGGACAUAACCAACACUACAGACGCGGCCGAAUGCUUUACAUGCCCCCGGGACGAGUGGCCCAAUGAGGAGCAGAACAUGUGUGUGCCCAAAGUGAUAGAAUUCCUCUCAUAUCAGGAGCCAUUGGGAAUCUUCCUCGCCAUCACAGUCAUCAUCUUCUUCCUCAUAACUCUGGCCAUCCUCUUUAUCUUCAUGAAAUACCGGGGAACCCCAAUAAUCAGGGCCACAAACAGGGAGCUGAGUUUCAUCCUCCUGGUGUCCCUCACCCUUUGCUUCCUCUGCUGCCUCAUCUUCAUCGGAUCCCCUUCCCCAAUGACUUGCCCCCUGCGCCAGACCCUGUUCAUGGUGGUCUUCUCUAUCAGCAUCUCAUCCGUCCUGGCUAAGACCAUCAUGGUGAUUGUGGCCUUCAAAGCCACCAAAAUGCACAGUCCCCUGAGGAAAUGGUUGGGACCAAAGAUCCCUCGUACAGUGGUGGCACUUUGCACCACGGCGCAGGUUGGCAUUUGUGGGGCGUGGCUUCUCCUCUCUCCGCCUUUCCCACAAGUGAACGCAGAGAUUGAGAAGCACAAACUGAUACGUGAAUGUCACGAGGGCCAAAGCCUUUUCUUUUAUGUCACUUUGGGCUUCAUGGGCUUCCUGGCAAUGGUCAGUUUCUUUGCUGCUUUCCUGGCACGGAACCUGCCCGGGAGCUACAAUGAGGCCAAACUCAUCACCUUCAGCAUGUUGGUCUUCUGCAGCGUGUGGGUCUCCUUCAUCCCGGCCCAUCUGAGCACCAAGGGCAAGUACACUGUAUCCGUACAGAUAUUCGCCAUCUUGGCCUCCAGCGCGGGGCUUCUGGCCUGUAUAUUUCUGCCCAAGUGCUAUAUUGUACUGCUGCGGCCUGACAGGAACAGCCGGGGGCGUAUAACCAAGUUGGUCACAUGA